AUGCCGACGUCACAGACAGUUUCGACGUGCGUCCCGGAGGCGGAGCAGGGCACGCACGUGUUCGACAUCUUCGGGUACAGCCAGCACAGGGGCAUUGGCGCCGGCAAUCCCAUGAUAUCCGGCAAGUUCUAUGUCGGAGGGCCUAAGUGGCACGUUCUCUUCUACCCUGAUGGGUUCAGCUCCAGCAUCGAGAGAUACCAAAAUUGCAUCUCAGUCGGACUCGCGCUCGCAUCCGAAAAUGUCAAGGUGAGGGCGUCCUACGAGCUGCAACUGGUCGACCAGAGCACCGGGUUGCGGGUCCCGGUGUACAAGGCCGCGCUGAGGGUAUUCAUCCGUGAUGAUGAUAGCAGCUGGUUUACUAUGCUUUUGCAAAAACGGAGCGUCUUCGAAACGUCGACCUACCUUCGGGACGAUCACGUCACAAUCAAAUGCAUUGUCACUGUUAUCAAAGAACCAAUGAUGCCCAAAACCAAACCUUUUCCUGAAAUUGAGGUGCUGCCGUCUAACAUCACAGAGCAUUUUGCCAAGCGGUUGGAAGAAAACGAGGGAGUGAACGUCAAUUUCAGUGUAGGAGAGAAUUUCACAGUACACAAGAUCGUGCUCGCUGCGCGGUCAACUGUCUUCAAAGCAAAGCUCUAUGGGCCUAUGAGGGAGGCAGGAACAUCGCCCAUAACCAUCAAAGAUGUGCAACCUGAUGUUUUCAAGGCCCUGCUACAUUCCAUCUAUACAGAAACAUUGCCUCCCAUGGAUGAUCUGGAGGGAGAUGAUCACAGUGAAAUGAUUUGUCGCUUGCUUGUGGGAACCACGUUGGCUUUAGCUGAUCAACAUCAUUGUGACAUGCUUAAAGAUGCUUGCAUUAAAUUUAUCACCUGUUCAAAUGCAGUGGAAGCUGUGGUGUCGACCCAAGGUUACAAGAUGCCAAAAAGAACUUGCCCAUCUGUUGUAAUAGAUGCAUUGGAGAAAUCAACAUCAUUGUGA